AUGUCAGAUGGUACAACAGAUAUUUCUGUUACAGAAAAUGAGGUUGUGUAUAUCCACUUCGCCAUAAAUGGUGUCACUCAUUGUUACUUUGUUGGGAUGGUGGCUUGUGCAUUUGCAAAUGCUGCAGGUAUUUAUGAUGCCAUAAUGACAGCCCUGAAUGCAACGGAACUGAGAUUGGAGGACAUUAAGAGGCGAAUAAUAGGAUUUGCAGGAGAUGGAGCUUCAGUUAACACGGGACAGAUCUCAGGGGUUAUAGCUCUGUUUAGAAGAAAUAUAUCGCCAGAAAUCAUUAUGGUACAAUGCAUGUCACAUCGUAUUGAGUUAUCAUUCAAAGAUGUUCUCUCCAACACACCUCUCUACAAGAAGGUAUACACUUUGAUGGAUGAAUUGUACAAGAUGUAUCACAAAAGUGCCAAGCAGACAAGAGGUCUCCGUGCAUCAUUUGAGGCUCUGAAGAUGUGGGCUAUGCCAACUAGAGUUGGUGGCACUGGGUGGCUUGGGCACACUAUGACAGCACUGAAUGUAAUCUGGAAAGGCUACAAAGCCUUUGCCCUGCAUCUGAAUGAGGUAGUUAGUAUUCCCAGUGGAACAUCAGCAGUACAACCCAAAGCCAAGCACCUGAUCAAGCUCCUGAGAUCAAAAGAUGUAAUGCUCUUUGCCCAUUUUCUCACAGAUCUGGUUGCUGUACUUGUGAGGUUGUCCAUGGCACUACAGAAGCGACAGACAUGUAUUUAUGAAGUCCGUCAGGAGUUGGAAACCACCACACUCAACAUCAUCAACCUUCAUACCAGUCCUGGCCUGAACAUGAGGAGACUACAAGCUGCCCUGGCUGUGGGUGAUAAGUAUCAAGGGGAACAACUACAUGGGCAAUCUGCAACUUAUGAAGCCCAAAAGAGGAAAGUUCUGGAUAAUUUGGUGUCAUCUUUGGAUAAACAAUUUGCUGACAUUGACAAGGGUCUACUCAGUUGCACCAGUAUAGCCAAUUUACAGUCUUGGCCUCCCACAUUUGAAGAUGCUCCAGAUUUUGGUAAUGACAUGCUGGCACAAGUGGUAGAUCACUUUAAUAACCAUCUGCAGCAAAGUGUGGACUUGGCUGUCAUGGAUGCAGAAUGGACCUCUUUAAAACAUGACCUCUACGAAAAGGACCUCGGAAUGGAGAGAGGUUUCUCUCAACUAAAAAUCAUUAGGACCCAGUUGAGAAACAAACUGAGGGCUUCCACCCUGACAGCACUCCUGACCAUCCAGCUCCAUUCUGCAGAGAUAGCAGAAUAUGACCCAACCCCUGCCAUACAUUGCUGGAACACCCAGAAAAGACGGCGGCCUUUAUUCCUGAGGUCUGUCAGCAGAGGUCAUUGCAGAAGGCCUGCUGCAGAUGAAAUGAGAUACUUAAAGGCAGAGGCAGAAGCAGAUGCUGCUGCGCCAGAUGUCCAGAAACCCGAGGAUCCAAACCUAGACUCUGAUUAUGACAGUCACAGUGAAUCAGACUUUUCCGAUUUGGGAUCAGCGCAUAAUGUUUCAGAUGCUGACAGUGAAGAAUCUGUACUUGAAUAA